AUGGCAGGGCAACCAGAUUCACUCGCCUUCCAGCCGCAACCCAGCGACAUCUUGAUUGCCGUCAUGGGAAUCACUGGGUCUGGUAAAAGCACAUUUAUCUCCCUCUGCACCGACCAGAGUGUCUCCAUUGGACAGGGCCUUCACAGUGAAACACAAGACAUUGUCGCCUAUCCCUGCAGGUCCGAUGUUGGCUCCAACGUCUACCUCAUCGAUACCCCAGGCUUUGACGACACAGAACGCGACGAUGCCGAGAUUCUCAGGCAGAUUGCAGCUUGGGUCGGCGAAUCAUAUAAGCAGAAGGUGCAUAUCCGCGGCAUCUUGUACCUUCACCGCAUUACCGACAACGUUAUUCUCGUUACGACGAUGUGGGAGGAGGUUCGACCCAAUAUCGGGAAGCAGAGAGAGGAGGAACUCCGAACAAAACCCGGCUACUGGGGUGAGAUGAUAGAUAGAGGCUCGAGGAUAGCGCGACAUCACAACCACUAUGAAUCAGCGCGCAACAUCAUCCACUCCCUUGUCAACACAACCACGCAGACCACGCUCGCGAUUCAAAAGGAGAUGGUUGACGAGAAGAGGGAUCUUCACGACACGAGCGCGGGAAAGGAGCUGGACGGUAUCUUGACACUCGAGCGAGAACGCUUUGCCCACGACAUUGAACAGCUGAAGCAAGAUAUGGCAGAGGCUCGAGAGCUGCAGGACAAAGAGUCGCAGGAACAGAUUCAGCUGCUGCAGAAGCAGAGGGAAGCCGAAAUUGGGAAACUCCUCCAGCAACAAGAGACCAUGAAGGUCAGCCUGGAACAGCUACAUGAAGAGAAGUUCACGAAAUUGGAGCAGCUCAUUACUACGCAAAAGAGCCAAAUGGAAAAAGACAAGCUGGAGAUCACGGAUCUGAAGGAAAAGCUAGCAAAGUCCUCGCUGACGACAGAACCGGAUCCGGCAGAUAACACGAGAGGCUUGGAGGCAACAAAUUACAGUUGCCUACACAGACUCGAAGGCCAUACCGAUCGAAUCCAUUAUGCGCUCUUCUCGCCAGACAGCCGACGCAUAGCCUCAAUGUCUUUGAAUGGAAAUAUCAAGAUCUGGGAUAGCAGCACAGGUCGCCUCCUCCGAACGAUUAGGCGCUGCGGUAAAAAUGUCCGUUGUAUGGCCUUUUCGCCGGACGGCUGGCGCAUAGCCGCAGUUUCGGGCAACCCGAAUAGCGGGAUUAUCAAGAUUUGGGAUAGCAACACUGGAAGCUGCCUCCAGAAACUCAAGGGUCAUCGUGGUUCACUAUCACUUGUGGCCUACUCGCCGGACGGCCACCGCAUAGCCUCAGCGUCUGAUCAGACCAUCAGAGUUUGGAACAGUAGCACCGGACGUUACGUCCAGACACUUGAAGACAAUUGUGGUCCAAUCACACGCAUGGCCUACUCGCCGAACGGCUGCCGCAUAGCCGCAGGGUCAGAAGACCAUAAUUUCGUCAAGGUCUGGGACAGUAACGCUUGUAGCACCGUCCAGACAUUCGAAGGUCAUCGUUAUUCGGUAUUGUCUGUGGCCUACUCACCAAACGGCCGCUUUAUAGCCUCAGGAUCUGCCGACAAGACCGUUAAGAUCUGGGACAGUAGCACCGGGAGCUGCGUCCGCACACUCCGGGGUCAUGGUAACAAAAUUGUGUCCGUUGCCUACUCACCAGACGGCCGCUACAUAGCCUCGGGUUCCUAUGACAGAACCGUCACGAUAUGGAAUAGUAGUACUGGGAGCUGUCUCCAGACACUCAGUGGUAAUGGUGAUUCAGUCCUCUCUGUGGACUACUCGCCGGACGGCCGCUAUAUGGUUUCGGGGUCGGCCGAUAGCACCGUCAAGAUCUGGCAAACGAACACUUCCAUGUGA